AUGCGAGACUACCGUGCCCUCGGAACUCCAUCAAGGGAACAGGCGCAGAUUCAAACCGAUGAGGACUUUUCGCCCACCAGUAGAGAUUGCCUUUCCCAAACGGCUUUGUCAGAAGGAGCGGGCGCCACAACAACCAUAUCCAUCGAGCAAGCUGGCACAGAGCAUACUUCACUAAGCACUUCAGCGGCUUCGCCAGAAACAGGGCUCAGUUCCAGCGAUGCUGGCGACGAAAAUGCAAGCGUUUUAGUCCCUGUGGCAAAUGUCAGCUGGCUCUCACUUCCAGCAAACACAGUCACCCAUGAGCCGUGCAAGUUCGACUGUGAUUGGUUAAAUUUCCCGCACGCAGUGGCUGACGCGCCGGACGUGCCGCAGCCCGAAGACCUCUUGUUCGGAUCCUGCAAGAACCUGUUGGCGAACGGGAUCCACAAGGCCCUACGAACAGCGCGCGUCGCCGAGCCCGAACGGCUGGCCAUGGGAUGA